AUGUACCAUGAUAGCUUGGUGGAUUCGAGUAAAAGCUUCGUCAAGACAACAUUGUAUAAGCAUGAAGUUUUAAACAGCACUAAGUCGGACCCCCAUACAUGUCCCGUGGUUCCUCCUGGUCUCGGUGGUCCAGUAUCAGUGGAUAUGAUGGAGUACACCGAGAAAGAAUUGGCCGAGAGAAUAUCUGGACUGAAGUUUGGUGGCACCUACCGACCAGCUUCGUGUGCUGCACGUCACAGAGUAGCCAUUAUUAUCCCAUACCGAAACCGCCAAUCUCAUUUACGGAUACUUCUGAACAACCUUCACCCAUUCCUCCAGAAACAACAACUUGAAUACGGCAUUUUUGUCAUCAAAUUGGCCGAAUCUGUUAAAUUCAACAAAGCAAUAAUAAUGAACAUAGGAUUCCUGGAGGUGUCGCGGAGAUAUGGCUAUCAGUGUUUCAUCUUUCAUGACGUGGAUCUGAUCCCGGAAAACGAUAAUAAUAUGUACUACUGUCCUGACAAUCCCAGACACAUGUCCGUUGCCAUAGAUAAAUUUGACUACGAAUUACCUUAUUUGAAGCUGUUUGGAGGAGUGACAGCGAUGACAAAGGAACACAUUGAGGCAGUGAAUGGCUUCUCUAACAAGUACUUUGGAUGGGGUGGAGAGGACGAUGAUAUGUAUGCCAGGAUUAGGACGGUGGGCCUGGCAGUGACUAGGUAUACCUCUGAUGUGAGUACCUACCGAAUGUUGCGACAUAAUCAGAGUGAUAUUAAUGAAGACAGGCAUCGGCUUUUGCACUUAAGCACUGAUCGGUGGAAGGAAGAUGGACUAAACACUAUAAAGUACAAGGUUUUACAGACAGUCGAGGAAGCCCUGUAUACCGUCAUUUUUGCGAACAUUGAUCAGGAGGACAAAGCCUACCAAAUGUGGACACCCAAGCCACAUGUUAUCAAUAUUAGCAAACCACUUAUUUCAUUAGAUGCGAAGAUCGAUGAACAGUUAGUUAAAACAGCCAAAGAAUUACUAAAUACUGACCAUCUUGACCUAAAGGUGCGUUACAUGCUGUUUGUGGAAUUCCAUUUGCUGCAUACACCCAAGGUAACAGCAGAAAAUGUAGGUAUGAUUUUGAAGAGGAUUUUACCUAAUUAUCGGUUGUCUGAGAAAAUGAUGCAGAAAGCGAAUAAUUUUGAAAAUAAGCAGGGGUUUAAAGAUACAAAUAAUAUCCUUAUGUCAUUUAAUGAUAAAGAAAAACGCGCAAAAAUUUUGAAUUUGAAAAUGAACUUAAUGAUAAAUAAUUUCCACGAGAAGUUAAGGAGGUUACAACAAGAACAACUGAAGAAUUUAAAAAGAAAAGUCCCUGCAACAACAGAACAACAGAAGUUAUAG